AGUAAAACAAUAAAACUGCACUACUCCAUCUCUCACAUCACUCAAAUACAUUCUUCAUCAAAUGGCUAUCUAAUUCUCUUUUGAAUUUAUUGCUACAAUUGUCCUCCCCGGGCAAUCUAUUUGACAUAUUCAUUGUGUUUCAAAUAAUUAAAUCUGAACUGUCCGCUCACCUUCCUCAAGUCCAUGUCCUGAAUAACUACUUUAACUGUUUUUUUUUUUGUUGUUCUUUUGUUGCUUUUCAGACUUGUAUUCAGUAUGACACCAACUCCCUUCAUUAUCCUGGCAGCCUCUUUGCUACUUGUCACUCACAACUCUCCAGCUGUUUGCCGAGCUGUUCAUGUAAACAUGUUCCAUCGAGGUGGUUCCAACAUCAAUGAAGUCAUGGAAGAUGAGAUUCAUCAAUCUGUUUCCUACAUUCUAAAGGAAAAGGUACUCCAGUCUUUGGUACAAAAUCCUAAGUACAUCGUGAUUCGUUCACUAUUACCUCCAGAUAACUUACAGAUAGUGAAAGAUAUCACUGCAAAAGAAGUCAGUCGCCUCUUGCGUCAAGUUUCUCUAAAGUUAGAAAGCCCGCUGCCUGCCCAAGGAAUCAACCAAAAAAUGAUAGAAAUCUUUGCAGAACGUUCGAAGAGGCCCAGUGACCCGCCUAUUUCCUUGGAUCUCACUUUUCACAUCUUAAGAGAAAUGAUUGAGAUUGCUAAGAACGAGAACCAGUGGAUACAAGCACACACCAAUCGCAAAAUUAUGGACAUGGUUGGCAAGUGACAUAUGUAUCUAGAGCCUAAUAGUGGAAUUUCAUUCUGUUGUCCAAUGGAGAGUUGAGCCUUGCAGAUUCAUUAUGUGGUCCUCAAAAUGCACUAAUUAAAUCUGUCUUACACAGCAUCACUGUAAUAAUCUGAGAUGUUCUAUUCGCAGAUUACCUC